AUGGUAGGAAUGAUAAGAUUGAUGAAGCCAAGGAUAAUGGUCAGCAGAGAUAGGGUAAUAAGCGACUUAAUACUUGAUCUGGAAGCCAUUACGCCUCGACUUGCAGAGGUUUCAAGUACGGAGAUAUCAUCUAGACAGGAGAAGUCCGAAGAAAGAAGGAUCAUAGUGGCAGAGAAAUCACAGGAGAUUCGAUUGAUUGAGCCAACAACGGAGGCUUUUCAUGCUAUUGAGUCUGAUAAUUGGGAAAAUAGGACGGGUGGAGUUGAAGUGCGAAGACAAGAGGAAAAACCCAGAGAAAUAAAGGGGAUUCAAAAAUCACCAUCUAGGUACAGUCCCCUCCAAGACAUAAUGGAGGAGGAAGAUGAGGACUGUGAAGAGAAGGUACAAGAGGUUGAGGAAGGUGCGAGCAAAACCUGUCCGCGAUAG